CAAGCGAUGGGCGAGUCGUGUGAAUGGGUUUAAAUGUAUCCACUAGCUACCUAGCCAGCCAGCGCUCCACCUUCUUAUGUUCCCCCCAGUUAUCAUCUCGGACUGUUAGCUAGGGUCUACAGGAAAUCCUAAAACUAUAGCAAUGCAAGGUGGACCUCCAUCACCUCGCCACACAAGAUAACCUUACUAAGUAAGUCAAAUUACCUUCAGCAGAGAGCGAGUUGCUCUCCGUUAAAAGCGACACCAACACGCAUGCUAACGUCAGACCCUAGCUAGUCACUUGCCUGGACGUUAGCUGCGACUGGGAGACUUUGAAGCGUAUUCAGUUUCAAGCGAGCUAGACUUCAAACUAAGAUGCUGCUGAUUGGAGGCAGCCGUUCAGCCCUGGGGCUGCUGGCUGUCAGGAGGGCGUGCUGCCUGUCCCGUGCCACACACAGCUCCCCUCACGCCCUGGAGUACAAGCCCAUCAAAAAAGUCAUGGUGGCCAACAGAGGUGAGAUUGCCAUCCGUGUCUUCCGGGCCUGCACUGAGCUGGGCAUCCGAACGGUGGCUGUCUAUUCAGAACAGGAUACCGGCCAGAUGCACCGGCAGAAGGCGGAUGAGGCUUACCUCAUAGGCAAGGGCCUGCCGCCCGUGGCUGCCUACCUGGACAUCCCGGACAUUAUCAAAGUGGCCAAGGAAAAUGAUGUGGAUGCCAUUCACCCCGGGUAUGGCUUCCUGUCUGAGCGAUCAGAUUUUGCCCAGGCAUGCGCCGAUGUCGGGGUACGCUUUAUCGGCCCUUCCCCUGAAGUGGUGCGCCAGAUGGGGGACAAGGUGGAGGCUCGAGCCCUCGCCAUCCGUGCUGGAGUCCCUGUGGUACCAGGGACUGACGGCCCAAUCACCUGCCUGUCUGAAGCCCAGGAGUUCUCCAAAACGUACGGCUUUCCCAUCAUCUUCAAGGCUGCCUACGGCGGAGGGGGGCGGGGCAUGAGGGUGGUCAAGGAGUAUGAGGAGCUGGAGGAGAACUACCAGCGUGCCCACUCGGAGGCCCUGGCCGCGUUUGGCAACGGUGCCCUGUUUGUGGAGAAGUUCAUUGAACGACCUCGACACAUUGAAGUGCAGAUCCUGGGUGAUAAGUAUGGUAAUGUUAUCCACCUUUACGAGAGGGACUGCUCCAUCCAGAGGAGGCACCAGAAGGUGGUGGAGAUUGCCCCGGCUGUGCAACUGGACCCCCACCUCCGGGACAGGCUCACUGCUGAUUCUGUCAACCUGGCCAGACAGGUGGGCUAUGAAAAUGCUGGCACGGUGGAGUUCCUGGUGGAUAAACAUGGCAGACACUACUUCAUCGAGGUCAACUCCCGUCUGCAGGUGGAGCACACAGUUACCGAGCAGAUCACAGAUGUGGACCUGGUUCAUGCUCAGCUGCGUGUGUGUGAAGGGCGCAGCCUGCCAGAGCUGGGGCUGAAGCAGGAUAACAUCCGGAUCAACGGCUUCGCCAUCCAAUGCCGCGUCACCACAGAGGACCCUGCCCGUGGCUUCCAGCCUGACACUGGACGGCUUGAGGUGUUCCGGUCGGGAGAGGGAAUGGGCAUCCGUCUGGACAGUGCCUCUGCCUUUCAGGGUGCGGUCAUAUCCCCCCACUAUGACUCUCUCCUGGUCAAAGUCAUCGCCAGUGGGAAGGACCUGCCUGCCGCCGCUGCCAAGAUGCACCGGGCCCUGGCAGAGUUCCGCGUCAGAGGGGUCAAGACCAACAUCCCUUUCCUCCAGAAUGUUCUGAGUAACGAUCAGUUCCUUUAUGGAACUGUUGACACCCAGUUCAUAGAUGAGAACCAGGAGCUCUUCAACCUCAAGCCGGUACAAAACCGAGCCCAGAAGCUGCUGCACUACCUUGGUCAUGUGAUGGUAAACGGCCCGACCACUCCCAUCCCUGUGAAGGCCAAGCCCUCCUCCAUCGAUCCUGUGAUUCCGCCCAUUCCUCUGGGUGAUCCUCCGGUUGGGUUCCGUGACGUCCUUUUGAGGGAGGGACCAGAGGGCUUUGCCAAGGCUGUCCGAGCCCACAAGGGUCUGCUGCUCAUGGAUACUACCUUCAGAGAUGCCCACCAGUCUCUCCUGGCCACCCGUGUUCGCACCCACGAUCUCAAAGAGAUCGCUCCCUUUGUCGCACACAACUUCAGUAAUCUUUUCAGCGUGGAGAACUGGGGAGGUGCCACCUUUGACGUGGCCAUGCGGUUCCUGUGUGAGUGUCCGUGGAAGCGGCUGCAGGAGCUGAGAGCCCUGGUGCCCAACGUGCCCUUCCAGAUGCUGCUGAGAGGCGCCAACGCUGUGGGUUACACCAACUACCCCGACAACGCUGUGUUCAAGUUCUGUGAGGUGGCUAAGGAGAACGGCAUGGAUAUCUUCCGUGUCUUCGACUCUCUCAACUACCUGCCCAACCUGAUGCUGGGUAUGGAAGCUGCCGGGGCCGCCGGGGGUGUGGUGGAGGCCUCCAUCUCCUACACAGGAGACGUGUCUGACCCCAUGAGGCAGAAGUACUCCCUGGAGUACUACCUUAAGCUGGCAGAUGAGCUGGUCAAGGCCGGGACGCACAUACUGAACAUCAAGGACAUGGCAGGCCUGCUGAAGCCCGAUUCCAGCCGCAUGUUGAUCGGAGCUCUGAGGGACCGUUUCCCAGACAUGCCCAUCCAUGUCCACACCCACGACACGGCAGGUGCCGGCGUGGCUGCCAUGCUGGCGUGUGCCGAGGCCGGCGCUGACAUCGUGGAUGUGGCUGUGGACUCCAUGGCUGGGAUGACAUCGCAGCCCAGCAUGGGUGCCAUCGUGGCCUGCACCAAGGGAACCAAAUACAACACAGGCAUCUCCCUGGACAACGUGUAUGACUACAGUGAGUACUGGGAGGUUACUCGUGGUCUCUACGCACCCUUUGACUGUACAGCCACCAUGAAGUCUGGGAACGCUGACGUGUACGAGAACGAGAUCCCUGGCGGCCAGUACACCAACCUGCACUUCCAGGCUCACAGCAUGGGCCUGGGACACAAGUUCAAGGAGGUCAAGAAGUCCUACACCGAGGCCAACAAGCUGCUGGGUGACCUCAUCAAAGUGACCCCCUCCUCUAAGAUCGUGGGUGACCUGGCCCAGUUCAUGGUGCAGAACUCUCUGACGAGGUCAGAGGUGGAGGAGCGGGCUGACGAGCUCUCCUUCCCCCUCUCUGUGGUGGAGUUCCUGCAGGGCCACAUUGGCAUUCCCCACGGGGGCUUCCCUGAGCCCUUCAGGUCCAAGGUCCUGAAGAAUAUGCCCCGCGUGGAAGGCCGCCCGGGUGCCUCUCUGCCAGCCAUGGACUUCCAGGCCCUGGAGAAACAGCUGCGGGAGACGCACGGAGAUGACAUCAGUCCAGAGGAUGUGAUGUCAGCAGCCAUGUAUCCCAAGGUGUUCCAGGAGUUCAAGGAGUUCACGCAUCAAUUUGGCCCAGUGGACUGCCUCAACACACGCCUGUUCCUCGAUGGACCCAAGAUCGCAGAGGAGUUCGAAGUGGAGCUGGAGCGAGGGAAGACUCUCCACAUCAAAGCCCUGGCCCUGGGAGAUCUGAACAGGGCCGGCCAGAGGGAGGUGUUCUUUGAGCUGAAUGGUCAGCUCCGAUCUGUCCUGGUCAAAGAUACCGUGGCCAUGAAGGAGAUGCACUUCCACCCGAAGGCUCUGAAAGACGUGCGUGGCCAGGUGGGAGCGCCCAUGCCUGGGAAGGUGGUGGAGGUGAAGGUGAAGCAGGGCCAGGUGGUGGAGAAGGGCCAGCCUCUGUGUGUGCUCAGCGCCAUGAAGAUGGAGACGGUGGUCAACUCUCCCCUCUCCGGCACCGUGGUCAAGGUCUACGUCAACGCCGACAGCAGCCUGGAGGGAGACGACCUGAUCCUGGAGAUCACCGAGUAGAACCGAACAAGGCACCAGUAGAAACGAUUCACUAUGAGCAUACCCUUAGCACAGUCUUAGGUUGUUUAUCCGGAACACACUAAACUACCAGUCCACCUGUAGAAAAGAGGGUGGCAGUGGGAGAAAUAGAUCUAUUUUUCGGAAUUUCUGGGGAGAGAAAAAUGAUUGUAAUCAAAUAAUGAACUAACGUCAGGUUUUUGCUGGAGAGCUUCCUGUUGUUUGCACUUGAGGGAUAAAUAUAUAGUAAUCCACAGUCACUUUAGAAAAAGAAAAGUACAAUCAUUAACUAUUAACCGUAACUUGUAAGACAAUUUGAUUCUGAUGAUUUCUUAUUAAUAUUGAUGUUCACCAAUCAAAGUAAUUCUCAAAUGCUUUUUUGAAGACUAUAAUAAGUAGUAAGCAAUUGAUAAGCAGUUGAUGUAUUCAAUGUAAAGUGUUAAACGUUUUAAAUUGCACAGAACGCAGUCGGCCAUCACUGUAUGCGCAUCACCCAUCUGGUUUUUCGAUAAUUUGAUAUGUUUAAAAAAAUCUAAAUAAUGAAAGCUAACAAUGUAAUAAUGCAGGUGUUGAAGCUUAACAAGAGUUCCUGUCCAGACGCGUCUUCUGUCUACCCAGCAUAUCACCAUGUUGACAGGGUAAAGAUGUUCUAAGCAUCUGCUCUCAGCGUGUGUUCAUCCCUCAGUGCGUUACGUUCACACAUUCAUCCCAACGUGGACAGUGAGACAAGCUUUUACCGUAGAUUUCCUGUGCAUAGAUAUCCUGCGCUGAGUCUAAAAUACGGUAUAUAUUUGUAUCAACUGCCUUGCGUUGUACAUUAAAUUUAAGGCAAAUACAAUUGAGAUUCUGAUAUAGUCUGUAUUUCAACAACUUGAUAAGAUUUUUGGGAAUCCUACAUCACCAGUCUUAAUAGUUCUUUUGGUACUUACUGAGACAGAGUGGACUCCGAGUAGGGAGUUUAAUAUGCUUCAUUUGUGGGGCCUUAGUUUAUAGGUUUACUUUCUUGACCCUCGCUUUUCAUGUUAUUUUAGUUUUUUACCCCAAUUGUAAACAUUAAUUGUUAUAUACAUUUAGGACCUUGACCCUGUAGAAAAAAACUUUACGGAAAAAUAAUUGGGGCCAUUCUUUUUUCCAUUGUCAAGAUUGAAAGAUGGGCUCUUUUUGAAUGUAACUGCUGUAUAUGGCUUGACCUUACGUGACAUGCUAGUCAGUGCUUGAGUUCUCUUAAGAGAUGUUUAAUGUUUCUCCAUCACUACUGUCAUGGUAACCACUACGUGUGACUGUUUAAGGCCUGGGGGCGGGUGUGUGGAUGGUUGAGCACACUGCGCAUUGGAAUGUGAUUGAGUAUUUGCAGUGCAAAGGGAAAUGGAAAAAUGUUAUUGAUUCGUUUUUCACUAAUCAAGAAUCAUGCCUGUGUGAUGAGUUUAAAAAUAUCAUGAAAAUACAAAUGUCUUGAGCUACUGUUGUUUUAGUGUUUACCAAAAGCGGUGUUGUAUCAAACUAUUGUAAUAUGUUUUUUUAGACUCAUCUUGUUGGGCCUUAAGUCCAGUAAUACAGUAAUUAACCUGUGUAGUGACUGGUUUUGUAAGGCAAAUAGGAGAUGUUAUUGUGCUUUAUAUGGUGAAUAGCAAUGUCAUUUAUACUCCAGAACUCUGCUGGGGAUGGCGAUUCAUGUGACAUGUUCUCAUCCUUCCAUGGGGUUUGUCUGGAGUUUCAUCUAUGUUCAUUUUGAUAACAUCAGUUUUAAGAUAUGCAAAUACUAAUUCAAUGUAACAGGUUUUUUUUUUUCCUUCAAUGUGACAACUUUGAAAUUAAACGAGCAUAACGGAGA